UCUGUGUUUAUAAUUGAAAGAUUCUCCGCCAUCUUCACGAAGGUCAAUGCGAUUCAAUGGGAACUUUUGUUUAGAUCGUCGCUUUAAUUCUCGCACUCAGAGAAAGGGGAUCUUCUGCCGCUGCAAAUGACAGAGACCGUGAUUUGACGUUGUCGUAGCUACCUUUAAAAGCCACAAAAUGUCGUGUGUUGCCUCUCUGAAGAGAGAACUCCAGCUUUUAGAGACGCAUUUCCCGAAAGACAAUGAGAGGUUCCAACUCCUGUCGGCGAACAUGGAUGAAUUGACGUGCAAGUUCAUCGGUUCAAAUGACGAAGUCUUUAUCAUACACUGCAAUUUCAGAGAUUCCUACCCCUCAUCGCCUCCAGUCUGGUUCUCUGAGGUGGAUGAUGCCGUUAUCUCAACAGUGAUAGAACAAUUAGCUGAUGUAACAGGUUCAGACUGCUUGCUGUUACGGCACGUGAAACAUUUAGUGUGUGAACUGUGUAAGCUACAUAAUGUAAAUCUGCCACUCAGCCUGCCUCAUCUGGAACGACAUUUACCACCAGAGAGAAACGAUGAGGAAAUGGUCAGUGCAGACGAAGAGGAAAUGCCAGAGGAUGAUGAAGAAGAAGAGGAAGAGGUUCAUGAGGUCGAUGAUUGCUUAGAUCAUUAUGAAAUGGAAGAUGAACCGAGCAAAGUGGAGAAGGAUAAAGAAGACAAAGAAAUAGAUGAAGAAAACUUUGCAGUGUUAGCAAGACUGAAAUCAAAUCAAAGGAAAGACUACUUAAAGGGUUCUGUAUCAGGAUCCGUUGGAGCUACAGAUAGGCUGAUGAAGGAACUGAAAGACAUCUACAGAUCAGACAGUUACAGAAAGAAAAAGAUGUACUCAGUGGAUCUGGUCAAUGAUAGCUUAUAUGACUGGAUGGUCAAGAUAUAUACAGUUGAUUCUGAUAGUCUCCUCCAUGCAGACCUAUGUAAACUCAAAGAGAAAGAAGGCAAGGAUCAUAUACUCCUCAAUAUGACCUUCCAGGAGCACUUCCCCUACAAUCCUCCAUUUGUUCGGGUUGUUUGGCCCAUCUUAAUGGGUGGAUACGUUCUAGGGGGCGGUGCAAUAUGUAUGGAACUGCUGACAAAGCAGGGGUGGAGCAGCGCCUAUACCAUCGAGGCUGUCAUCCUCCAGAUUGCUGCUACGCUAGUCAAGGGAAAGGCCAGGAUACACUUUGAUGCUGGCAAGAGCCAAUAUAGUCUCGCAAGGGCGCAGCAGUCUUUCAGGUCACUAGUCCAAAUACAUGAAAAGAAUGGAUGGUUCACACCGCCCAAGGAGGAUGGUUAGGAUGUUGUUUUUAAUGCCAAAAAACAGUUUAUCUACAAAGAAUAACAAACUUCUUGGACUGUGUACUGCCUUUCUUGUGGCAGACUGUGACAUUGAUUGAUAAACUAUGAACAUGGAUAUUACAUUACUAGUGAAAUAAUACAGCAUUUUGUAAACUCAUCAUCAUCAUCAUCGUUAUCAUCUCGUGGAAACAAUUUGCGUGGAGCACUUUCAGCGAUAACAUUUGCCAUUCCUGGAAGCAAGAUAGAAAGCAGUCUGACCCCGCGUAUGUGGCAUUUAUUUAUCAAGCAGAGCUUGAGACCGAGAAAGGAGUGAUUAUUAUAGUGCCAACUGAGCUUGGAGGAGAUUUUUACAUUGUGACCAUACACAAGGAUUCGUAAGCUAUUAUUUUUAUAAUGUGUUAGUACGUGUAAAGUUCAUCAGCUGGUAUUUGAGACUUGUAUCAAGCCAAACUUGGAUGUGCAUCAUUCAUGCUUGUUGAUUUAUACUUUGAACUUGUAAACGCUACACGGAGUCACAACCAACUGAAUCAUCCUGUGGAUUAAAAUUCCUGUUAUUUGUACAAUGUUUGCAUUUGUGUUUUGGAGAUUAUCAUGCACUGUUUGUUGUCCAACUUCAUAGCGUUCCCUUUUCAAUCAUGAUUUCAAUCGUGAUUCUUACCUGGACGCAUCAUGGUCUAGGGGUUUGGACUUUUGCUGCCCAAACAAGGUCAUGGGUUAAAAUCCCAACCAUGGUGUUCAUUUCCUUCCUAGAGCAAGAAAUUCAUCUUCAUUAAUAUACUGCACUCAACCCUGGUGAGGUGACAGGAUACCCCUUCAGAAUUAAUUACUUGGAUGCAUAUAGCACAGUGCUGCAGGAGUUCAAGCUGGAUUUAUGACAAUUAUGCGCCUCUGAAUAUAUUAUUUCUUGCUGGACAACGCUAAAUAAAUACCUAUUAUCAUCAUUAUUAUGAAUAGAAUUAUAUUUUUUGUGAGUUUCUCAUGUAAAUCAUCUUUUUAUAGAUCCACUGAUAUGUAGACUAGCUUUUUGCUGUACACAAGAAAUAUUUCUAGUGAUAAUCCAAGUAUUUCUCCAUUCCUCUCUCAUACAAGAUGAAUAUUGUGUGACUCCUUCAUCUAGACCCUUCUAUAAAACUACCCUCAAUUCGUUUUAGAGGAUGUUCUGUAGCUAAUUUUGAGGAGUUUGUGCAUGUGUACACUUUAAAUAUUGGAAAUAAGGGAAAAAGGGAUAUACAAAUGCCACAUACAUAUUCCUCAGUAUUUUCUGCAGAUGAACUGUUUCGAAAAGCAAAUUUGAAGGUGAUUACAUGUAUGUCUCUUCGUUUUUGAAGCAGGCUUCAAGAGACACGUUUUAUACUAGUUGCUACAUAUAUUAACCUUUAACAAUGAGUAAACAUACAAGUACCAGGUUUAUUCUCAAGCACAUAUCAGGCUCAACUUCCCUUAUCAUCAUGUUUCGAUUAUGAUCUUGGUUUAAGAAAGCUGAAAGCCCAGGAGCCCAUGUUUCACAAAGAACAAUGCCAUUAUGGUCUAGGAAACUUUGAUUUCAACUGGCUGCUGAGCAAUGUUACCACGGUAAUUACUGUAAUGGUUAGAUUACAACUCUUAAGUUCUUGAUGAAACAGACGAUUUCCGUUUGUGCUCAGCUGCUCCACUCACUGAAAGUACAUGUAAAGACGGCACUUUCCGGGGGAGCAUUUCAAUAUUUUUGUCCAAUAAGUUGUCAGAUCUGACAACUUUUCCUGAUUCUGAUUGGCUGAGAGGUACUGUUACUUUAGUAGCCUGUCUGAUAAAACAGGACAUGUCAUAUAAAGUGGCCGACAAGUCCUUUCAUGAAAUGGUGUCUAAAGUUCCGAAAUGAAAAUUACUUGCAGAUCCAGAGUUCCUUGAUAGAAAUCAUUGAACUAAUUCAUCAGCUGAAAUCAACCAAUAUUUUGUAUAAAUGAAGUUACAUGGAAGAAAUCAAGCCACUGUAAUUGAGGGGUAGGGGUAAGUUAGUCAAUUAAUUGAUAGCUAAUUAGCCUGUAACUAUGGAGAUAAACACGCCCCCUUUCACACAGGCGCUUCAUUACUCCAUACACUCAGCUAGGGGGCAUUUCUCAGAGCAUCUAUUGUGAUCUAGGAUUUUUCAUUGACAAAUAUUCUAUGCCAAACAGAUACAAGGAUUUCUGGAGCUUAAAGCAUUGGUCUUGACAGAUCACUUCAUGAAGCAUCUCCCUUUUCCAGCUUGCUGCUCACUGACAUUCCCAUCCUCUUCUCAAUGCUUAUCACGUCCAUGAAAGUAUUUCAUGAACUACAUGUACGUUACAAAUGUUACAAGCUACUGAAGAUCCUUGCAUCUUAUUGGCUGGCAGCAUAUCAGCAAGUCAAGAAAAAGUUGGUGUUGACACGUCUUCUUAAAUAUUUUGAUGACUUUCUCAUGCUUCUUCCUUCUUGGAAAAUGGUGCAUGGUGAGCUAAGUAUGUAAGAAAAAUACAACAAUUGUUCAUUAUAAUCUUCAUCUCACCGCAAGCAAAGUUCAUAGGUCUUUGAUAUCCUAACUCAACUUGUUUUCACACCCCACAGAAUCGUUCUUGAUGUCCUGCUGAUAUUCCAUUCGCUUAGUAUUGGUGUACAGUGAUACUUUGGUAGUGGUCUGGAUACACUAUAUUUUAUCUAUAUUCAGUGUUCGGGUAGGAGAAUAAAAAAAAGACAGCAUCCACCCCCCCCCCAAAAAAAAAAAAACAGGGGCCCAUUGUAUAAAACUUUUUCCAUACAAAAAACUCUGGCAAACAAAAUUAUGCCAUUGAAAGUAACACAUUAAAAAACUGGCAGUUUUUUAUGGCAAAAGUUUUGUGCAACAGGCCCCAGAAAUGAUAUACAGCAACAACAGCUGACAUCAACACAUCAAUAACGACAAAAUGAACAAUGAAUAUCUAGUGCCACUCUAGUGCUACUGCUAGUGAAUACAGGAUGAUUACUAUUAAAAUCUGUAAGGGAAUGCAUGAAGCUUUACCUUUGAUUAUGAAAUACUGCCCUCUAUGGCAUACUAAUACACAGCAUAUCAUUAUCCUCUCCAACAUUCUCUCCUGUCCUAUUCCGACAAUUGUGUGUGAUGUCUCGUUCAAAACCCUCAUAUUUCUUCAUGCAUGGGUGUCAAUAGAUGUUCAUGGUUGGGGAAUGACUAACACAAAAUAUUGUUCACUAUAAGGGGUUUUUUUUCUUGGUUUAGGGAGGGUUGAUGGUAUGAUGAAGUUUCUUAGAGAGUAAGACAUGGCUUAACCCUAUCCAGCGUAGGGUGGGGGGGUGGGUGUAAAACAGCCCCCUCUCUAUAUUUUUCAUGAUAAAUCUGUGACAUGAAAAGUUAGCUACGUUUCAUGACUUUUUUGUUUCAAAAUCUUGCGCAACUUUCGAGACUUAAUCGCGACAUUGGGGUACCUUUUAGUGCAUGUCAGACCUGAAAUUGCUCAAGAAUGUGAUUUCAUGUACAAAUCCUAUGCAAAUACUGUUUGUAGCCAAAAUUCAUAAAUUAUGUAUCAUUUUUAUUUCUACUGAUUAAAGGCAAUAGAUUUAAUGUUAUUUUAUGACUGAUAGUGUUGUUGAUGAUUUCCCUUGAAAAAAACCAAAAAAUACUUGAGAAAUUUAAAAAACAAGAAAGUGCAUAAGAAAAAAUGUCAUAUCGCCAUUUAUCACCAAUAUAAAAAAUCAGGUAGUUUUAGGACUAUACUAAAAGAUUUACAGGCAAUUAUGCUUUUAUGCAUUGAUUAGCUUUAUUGAUUAAAUAAAAAAAUUGAAAUAUGUUUGUACAAUAGACUAUUGUGGAGAUAACUUCAUGGGCGAUCCCGCGAUCAACAGCCGAGAUCUAAGGGCCCCCCCCCCCCCACGGGCUAUACACAUGUAGGAUUCAGGGGAAAAUUAGUGAAAGCUGCAAGCAAGCAAAGAUUUUGACCUUUUUAAUACAAAAUUUCUACAAAACAAAGUACUUCUUACAUGCAA